UGAAACCAAAGUUCGGUGUGGCGGGAUUGUGCGGAAUCGCGAGGUUCGAACUUCAUAAUGGACCAGAGUCUUGAUGAUAUUAUCCAACAGAAACGCAUCAGAGUAACUAGAGGUAGAGGUCGUGGACGCGGUCGCGGUGGCGAAUCUUUGCGAGGUGUUCGUCGUGGUGGAAUCGCGCGGCGAAACACAAAUGGAAUGUCACGAGCCUUACCUGACAAAUGGCAGCACGAUAUGUUCCAAGAUGGUCGUAGCCCCAAAGGAUCUGGUAAUACAGUUGGAAAUGCGGCGAGGCUGCACAUUUCAAACUUAGACUUUGGUGUUAACAAUGAUGAUAUAAAUGAACUUUUUCGUGAGUUUGGUGCAAUUCGAAAGGCUACUGUCCAUUAUGAUAGAAGUGGUCGUUCUCUUGGCACCGCAGAAGUCGUUUUCGUGAAUCCACUUAGUGCAACAAAAGCCAAAAAUCACUACAAUGGUGUACCGCUCGAUGGGCGCCCAAUGGUCAUUCAGUUGGUCGGUGCAGGUUAGUCAACACACAGUCAGCCACGUCGACCAGGAAAUCACUUCCGUAGCAACUGUUGACUUCGUUACCAUUCAGUGAUGUUCCACCUUGUUUGGGAAGAUAGUGCUUCCAAACUGACGUGCUGCCAGUAUAUGUUUUUGUUGUUUUCUAUUGCUGGAAUGUCUAAAACUUGUAAUUCAUGGUGUUACCAACUAUGGAGCAAACCCACUUUCUCUCGGGGAUUUUCACGUGCAUCAUUUUUCAAAUGGUUGGACAUUGGCGAGGAGCGUAGUGGAAUUCGCCGUUGUCUCGAGGUUCUGGUAUUACCAUAAUCAUGGGCAGGGAGGUUUCCUUAGUUUUUCUUUAUUUUGUGGGUUUGUUUGAAUGUUGUCACAUGGGCACACUUGGUGCCUACCAUAUGUGUUCUGCAAAAAUAUCUGCCAGAAGUAUAACAAAUAAUUGAGCUUAAAGUGCUAUAUUGGUACUAACCAACCUGAACCAUGCAUAUAAUAAACUGAAGUUAAAUUUCAUUUCAAUAAUAAAAUGGCAACAGUUUUGAUGUUAUUGAAGACUCACUAAUUGACGCGUAUUUUAUUCCUCAAGCUGUUGAAACUAAUGUAACAUCACGUCCCCGCGUUACUCGCCCUCGUGGUUCACCGAUUCGUCGGGGUUUCGGACGUGGUCGGGGUCGUGCACGUGGUCGCGGAAGGAUUCAGAAACCUACAGUUACUAAGGAAGAAUUAGACGCACAGUUGGCUGCUUAUAAUGCUCAGGUAAUUCCUACAUCUUUAUUAAUAUGUUUCUGUUUGACUCCCAAGAAUGUAAACCUGGUUUGUCUGACUUAUUAAGCAUCUAGGCAAAAGUAGCCGUUUAGUUCUCUGCUUAACUUUCUUCAAAUCAUAAGUGCCUAAACGAGUCCAGGACAGGUUAUUCUUGACAUGGGUUCAGAAAUCUUAUUACCGUGGUUACAGUUCGGCUUGAAACAUAAACACUAGUGUGAGUACUCAGUUCGUAAAUGAUGUUAUGCAACUUGAUCAGGGUUUUAGGUUCGCUCCAUACCUGAUAAUUAUGUAUCUAGAUGUCUGUAAAAUGAAAUUCACUAGGCAUAGAAUUGGUGUCAAGUUUUUCUUUUGUGCUCGUAAAGUUGAAAUUCUCUUGUCGGUCAGUACAACGUGAGAUUAUAAUUUAAGAGGUCCUUCAAGUAUAUCAUGUUAUCCAUGCAAUUGUCAUAUAUCUUGAUCCACUGAUUGAUCUGGGUCAUGUUUAAAGGUAGACUAUUUGGUUGGUACGUAAUAAUUGUAUGCAAUGACCGUAGAUGUUAACUGACAUGAGCCUAGAACCGGUCGUAGUAUCGUGGCUGCACUCGUUUUCUGUCCUCUUAAUCAUCAGUUAAGUACCAUCCCUAGAUGUCCAAUCCAACUACUAACCGUGUUUUCUGUUUAAAAUGUUACUAUGUAAGUUUGCCUCAAAGUUAAAACACGCUCAUAUUCCUAUUUAUCUAGGAUCCAUCUCAUUCUUUGUUUAGCUUUGUUUCCAAAUUUUGCUAUAAUGUGGGUUACGUAUUAGUGCUAUUUUAAAAGUUACUCGUUUUUUGUUUUGGUGCAAUCUACUUGCUUCAUUUACACAGUUGCCCACUACAACAACUAAAACUGCUCUUUUAGGAGCUUGUGUAACUUCUAGUUUAAGUAAUCUCGUAAAACGCACGAAAAAUCUGCCUUUCCCCUCGCUUUUUUACAAUGCUAUUUAGUACAGAAUAUUGAUAACUACUGACUGAUGCAGUCAGUCAGUCAGUAACAACGUAGAACUUCGUACGUACGUACAUCAGUUCGAGUUGCCACACCACAUUAGCACAGAGAUGCACUUGUCGAUUCAAAUCUCGUAGUGGUAGAUGUAAUAAGAGUAUAAGCAGUAAUCGGGAAGAUUAGGGUUUGGAGAUGUUAUUUAAAGAGUAUAAUCCAGUGAAAUAAAUUUGGAAAGAGGAAAAAAGGGACAUGAAGAAUUCAGAAGAUUAGAAUUUGGGAGAACACAGAGAGUGGAUGCACCUGCGCCAUUGCAAACGAUUUUGAGCCAUGUCAUUCAGGGUCUCUAACCAUCGGUUGCUAUCAUCUCGCGGUCCCCAACCAGGUAGUCUACACCUACCAACAUGACUCAGUUCACUUGUCAGUGACUUCAUGGACUUGCGCCAUGUUUUGGUUUGGCCGCCCCUAGCUUUCUUCCAACCUACUCCUAUACCACUGAACAUAGCACGUCGAGGCAGUCGGUCGUUGGGCAUACGUAACACGUGUCCCAGCCAUCUCAACUGAUGAAGUUUCACUACUUCAUCAAUUGAUUUGCCAUCCUUACCUAGUACCCGUUUCCUAACAAUUGUGUUACUUACUCGAUGGUCCCAUGAUAUACGAGCAAUGUUUCGAAGACACCUAUGAUCGAAUACUAGUAACCUACGGAUAUCCUCUACUCUUACCGGCCAUGUUUCACUGCCAUAAAGUAGGACGGAACGAACUGCUGCGCAGUAAACACGUCCUUUGGUUGAUAGACGGAUAUCUCGCCUACUGAUGCUCAGUGAAUUGUAAGCAAAUAUGCACUGAGUUAAGUUGCUAUGCUUCGCAGCAUAGCAGUUAAAAGAGAACAAACCAAAGUAGUCCAAAAAACUGGUGGUGAAUUAAAUAGUAAGCUUAUCUGAAUGUGCAUUUACCAUCUUAUUCAACAAAGUCCGUCGUCUCAUUAAUCUGUUAUACAACUUUACCCGACAUUAUUUACGCAGCGGUUAAAGCACACAUAACUUGCUUUAAAGGCAUUCUUAAUCUAAUAUAAACAUGUUUCUAAAUGCCGAACGAACAUAUAUUAGUGCUGUGACUUAUUUACUCUUAGAUCUUGAGAAGGGUUCCAUAAUAAGUAGGUUAAUGAGCAUGAGUUCUUUCCAACACAUAGUUAGCGUUAACACACCAUUUUUCACUGAAAGGGAAUAAAACCCAUUCUAUUAUUCAAAAGUUUGGAUUCCAUCACAACCAAACAGGAGCUUGCCAUUUGUUUACUAAUCUGAUGAGAGUUUCUGGUUAUGAGGCUUAUCUCUAAACAGAGUUAUUUCUAGAGACAUUAUCAAAGGAUCUCUAGAAUUUACCUAUCAGGACCUAAUACUUUUUCACCUCAAAACUACAGUACUUUUUUACGAGUUGUCAAUCUCAAUCAGGUUGUCGGUGGAUAAUUAGUAGCUUAGUUAAACUGUUUCACAUGAUAUUGUGCACAUUUUUCUAGUCGACCAAUCUUUGAGUUAGUCUGUGCUCCCCUUUUUUAGCAAUAGUUUUGUUAAUAGCCAACUCUAUUCCACUUUGGCAAGUCUAAAGAGUUGUGUACUAAUGCCUAUCUUUUCUGCCUUUUCACUUUUAUCCUUCUCUACCAUUACCUAGACAAUUUUUAAAUCUAAGUCGCCUCCGCUCAUAAUUGUCCUUAAGGCUGGGCAAAAUAACUUGACUCAGUAGACUCUAGCAUCUCUCAGUCUUUUGGUUAAAUUUACUGUAACAGUCCUCAGUGUCUUUUUGUGUGAAUGAAGAGUAGAAGUAUACAGGUCUCAAAUAUUAUUGGAAUAGUUUUGAAUUUCUUGCAAACAUUAGUAUCAUAGGACAAACGCUUCUAUUUUCUUGUUAAUAAGGUAGGUAAGUUUGUCUGCUUAGUACAGUCAUUUCUUUUAAUUAAUAGCAUUAAGAAUAGAACGUCAUCGCUGUCUGACGCACACAUCACGUACUUGUGUUUAGGCAGUAUAUAUGUAUCUAGUGCAUUUUUCGAAGAACUGAUGGUUCAUUAUUAGCUUGUUAGUAAUUUGUCUCCUCGUGCAUUGACUUCCAGUGUUUAUUCAUACUAAACUGUAUCUUUAUUUCGUUCUAUUUUCAGCGUGCUUGAUCUAUUCUCACAACCUCUUGUUUUUGGAGUAGACUCAACAAAAUCUGUCAACUCUCCAAAUCUCUUGUCCCUAUUUAAUGUAUGUCUUUGAGUCCAUAUGAAAAAUAAAACAAUUUAUCAUAUAAAAGUUUAA